AUGAUUCUCCAUUGGGUGGCACUGCCAAAACGUUCACCUUUCGGAGGUUCGGGCCGUCCGAGGAUCCCCAUCUCCCUGGUGCAUGAGACCCUGGUGGAAGUGCCACAAGUCCUGCAAGAGGAGAUCAUCCGAGAAGUGCCCGUGCCAAGGUAUUCCGAGGUGAUCAAGGAGAUCGAACUGCCUUACUUCGAAGCACGGGAACGGAUCAUCGAGGUGCCCAUGCAGCUCAUCGAGGAGUCCUGCGUGGAAGUGCCCCGGGUCGAGCGCUUGGAGGUCAUCAAGGAGGUGCCCAAAGCUGCCGCCAGGAAGGUGCCCAAACACGUGGAGAAGCCGAUCGUCCAAGUGCGUGAGCGACAACUGCCAGUGACCACUCCAACCCUCAAGGAGGAGAUGGUGGAAGUGCCUGUGGUGGAAGUGGUGGAGAUGGUGCGUGAGGUGGCAGUGAUGGAAGCGCAGCAGGUUGACAAGAGGGUGGAGAAGCCGGAGAACCACUUUGUGACGAAGGAAGUCCCCGUUCCUUUGCAAGAGAUCCACGACAACAUCAUCGAGGUACCUGAGAUCGAAUAUGUUGAAAUCAUCAAGGAGAUUCCCAAAGUGGAGGUCCGCUACGUGGAGAAGACGGUCGAAGUGCCCCAGAUCGAGUGGGUCGAGCGGGUCGUGGAGGUGCCGCAGAUCACCUACGAGGAGAGGAUCGUGGAGGUUCCUCAGAAGGAAGUGCGAGAGAUUGUGAAGCAAGUGCCGAAGCCUGUGGUCCAAUAUGUGGACAAGAAGGUUCCAAAGCACGUGAUGCAGUACUUUGAGCAAGUGAGAGAUAAGAUUUGCGUUCUGAAACAAGAGGUUGCGGUGGAGGUGCCUGAGGUGCAGGCCGUGGAGCUGAUCACACAAGUCCCCAAGCCGCAGUACGAACCAGUACCCAAGGAGAUACCCUUGUACCAGAUCCAAGUCCAAGAGCGAGUGGAGCAGACGCCGAUCACCUUGCGGCAAGAGCGGGCUGUGCCGGUGGAGAAGAUCGAAACGCUGCAGGUCAACCGACAAGUGCCAAAACCCAUGGUGGAGUACGUUGAGAAGGCAGUGCCGCGGGUCGAAACCCAAGCAGUGGAAAAGGAGGUGGAAGUGCCCAUGGUGACUCGACAGGAAGUGAUUGUGGAAGUGCCACAGGUGCAGGUCGCGGAAGUGAUCCGUGAAAUGCCCAAGGAAAUGACCCAGCAAAUUGUCAAAGAAGUGCCCAAGCACCUUGGCAAGUGA